UAUGCUGGAGCAGUUUGUAGCUGAGCAGAGCCGAGAGGAUACGGCUCACACCGAGUCCCAACUAAACAUUCAAGGAGGACGGAAAGUCGUAAACUGGGGUCCAGGUGCUAAAGUGCUGUUACUAAAUAACAUAUAUGAAAAUCCCAGUAGGGAAUUUUGGCUGGUCUUUUAUAUAAAAAGUUUUACCAAAUAGGCUAAUUGAGUAGCCUACACUCCCGUUGCUGUGAAUAGAGGAAGGGCAUCUUUCCAGUCCGGAGCGUUGUGGGCUGUGCUAUGGGAUGGACGAGGCCCAGCAGGACCAGUAUGAGCAGCAGCUGAGAGAGGUCUUCCAGAGUUUCGAUGCCAGCGGGCGGGGCUCCCUGUGCCCGGAGGAGCUCUCGGACCUCUGCCAGGCCCUGCACCUGGAGGAGGUCACGCCCAGUCUGCUCCACACACUGCUGCAGGACAGCCCCGAUGGCAGGGUUGAUUUCGAGCAGUUUAAAGACGCACUCAUUCUUGUGCUGUCGACGGGAGGAGAGCCCCCGGCAAGCCAGGACACCAGCUCAGUGCCAGACUCCCCGGAGGCCAGGCCCAAGUUCGUGAAGGACGGGAAACGCUACGGCCGCCGAUCGGUCCCGGAGUCCCGGGACUCCAUCACGGGAUUUUCGGUGAUCCCGGACUCCGAGCCGGCGGGAGGGGACCCGGAGGAGGCGGAGAACCCCGCGGUGCCCCGGAAACGAGAGCGCUGGAACGCUCAUGCCGACAGCACGGAGGAAUAUGAAGCAGAAGGUCAGCUGCACUUCUGGAACCCCGACGAGCCGGCCACCCCCCGGGGGGCGGCGGUGCCCCCGUCGGACCGGCUGGAGGAGAGGCUGUACGGGGCGUGCGAGGACCUGGCCGUGCCCUGGGACGGCUGCGCCAGCCACCAAGAGCUGCUGUCCGUGUGCGCACACCUGGGCCUGGAGGUGACGGAGGAUGCGUUGGGGAAUCUGGGCAGUGAUGGGGUGAUGAGCGUGCAGGAUUUUGUGUCCUGGGCCGUGGAGCACUGCAAGCCCCCCACCCCCUCCGCCUCCACCCCUUACCGCCAGCUCAAGAGACACCACUCCACCCAGCCAUUUGACGAAAUGGGGCGCAGAAUUGCCACCCCAUCCGCCAUGACCAGCACCAUCGGCCUGCGUCUGUUCUCCACUCUGGACGACGGCACCGGCUUUGCUCCCGUGGAGAACCUUCUGGAUGCCUGGCUGGACGAUGGCAUUGAGAACAGCACUGAAAUCCUGCAGGCUCUGGACUUCAGCCUGGAUGGGAAGGUGAACCUCGGUGACCUCACCCUCGCCCUGGAGAACGAGCUGCUCAUUACCAAGAACGGCAUCCACCAGGCAGCCCUGGCCAGCUUCAAGGCUGAGAUUCGGCACCUUCUGGAGCGGGCGGACCGUGAACUCAGGGAGAAGGAGAAGAUCCGCGCGGACUUUGAGAAGACCGAGAAGCUGAAGAACCAAAUGGCGACCGAGGUGGACGAGAACCACUCGGCCAUCGAGCGGAUGAACGACCUCAACCUCAGGAAGCUGGAACAGGAGCACAGGGAGAAGCUGGCGGUCGUCAGGACCGAGUUGACCAAAGAGAUGGACCUGAUGCAGCAGCAGGCCAACCAGCAGCGCGAGGAGCUGGAGCGCGAGAUGGAGAAGAUGAAGGAUGACGAGGCCUUUCUGAGAGACCAUCUCGCGCUCACCAUCAAGGAGAGUGGCCGUCUGGAGUUGGAGCUGCUGGAGAGCACAGAGAAACUGGUGGAGGCAGAGAACAUGGUCAACAAGCUACAGAGGAACCUGGACAAUAUCCUCAAGGAGAAGUUCGGGGAUUUGGACCCAGGCAGUGCGGAGUUCUUCCUUCAGGAGGAACGUAUGAGGCAGCUGCGACUUCACUACGAAGGGCAGUGCCGGGAGAUGCAGGAUCGUAUCGAUGAGCUGCAGGCAGAGUUAGAAGAAUACCAAACCCUUGGCAGGACCCCUAACGUCUCCCUCAAGCCUUCCUUGUCUGAGGAGUUUGACAACAGGAGCCCUGGCAUCGAGUCUGACCAAGGUCUUGGCUCAGAAGACUGUCAGCCCUUCAACAUGACCCUGGAGGCAGAGCUGAUGACGGAGCAGCUGAAAACACAGCACGUGCAGCAGGUGGAGAACCUCAGAGCCCAAAUGGAGACCAAGGCCAGUGAAUACCAUCAGGAGUUAGAGGAGCAGAGGGCAGCCCAUAAAGAGGAGCAGAGGGUGCUGUCCCUCCGGUGCCAGGAGGAGGUGCAGGCCCUGCAGGCGGAGAUGUCCCGGGUCCAGGACCGUGUCCAGGAGCUCCAGAACCAGCUGGACCAGGUGCAGCUUGAGCGGGUGGCGCUGGAACAGAGCCAGGAGGAGGAGCGGGCAGAGCUCGGGAGGCAGCACCAGGAGGAGGUUAACUCCGUCAGGCAGGAGCUGUUGGAGGCCCAGGCCCAGAUCGCCAAGCUGGAAGAACAGCUGAAGACCCUGGAGCAUCAGCAGGCUGCAAGUGAGCAGAGCUUGACUGAGGAGAGGGAGGCUCUCAGGAGGCUACACGAUGAGGAGCUCACACGGCAGGAGGAGCACCACAGAGCAGACCUGCAGGCCAGGCUGGAGGAGCAGCAGGAGAGGAUGCAGGCGGAGAGGGAGGAGGCAGUCCGGCGGCUCGUGGAACAGUGGGAGCGGGAGAAGGACCAGCUGCAGGAGAGCCAUGGAGCGGUGCUUCAGGCCAGGCUAGAGGAGGAGAGGCAGAGGUACCUGGGUGAGAGCGAGGAUCAGGAGAGGCGGCUCAUGGAGCAGUGGGAAAAGGAGAGGCUGGAGCUUAAGGAGCAGCAGGAAGGCGCUCUCCAUGUGAUGCGAGAGGAGGCGCGGCUGAGGCUGCUGAAAGACCAGGAGCAGUUGGAGAGGAGCCUCCUGGAGAAGUGGGAGAAGGAGAGGGCCCAGCUUGAGGAGAGCCAGGAGAGGAUCAUCCAGGCCAGGCUAGCUGAGGAGAUGGUCAGCAUCCAAGAUGAGGUGGAGAAGAGCUUGGUGGAGGUGUGGGAGAAGGAGAGAGUCCAGGUUGAGCAGCGGCACGGGGACGUUCUUCGAGCCAGAGUAGAGGAGGAGAGGGAGAGGCUCCUCGGGGAGAUGGGGGUGCAGGAGAAGAGGUUGCUUGGGCAGAUGGAGGAGGAGACAGCCCGGGUGGAGGAGAGCCACAGGGAAGCCAUGCAGGAGCUGAGCACCAGACACAGCGAGGAGCGGGAGAGGCUGAGUGGAGCACUGGACAGACUGCGGGAGGAAAUCGUUUUAGAGAGGAAUGAAGCUGGUCGUCUGGCAGAAGAGAACGUCGUUCUGAGACAAAACAUCUCCGCACUGAAGGAAGAGGACCUCCGAGAGAUCCAAGAAGAAAUGCUGCAUAAACUUGAACAAUACAAGAAGGAGAAGCUGACUGCUCUGAGGGCUGCAGAGAACUUCAAGAAACAGGUGGCUGAACUGCGGUUUCGGGGUCAGCAGCUGGAGCAGGAGAAUGAGCUCCUGUCGCAGAAAAAUACCCAGAAUGCAGCCGACGUGCAGGAGCUGAACCAUCGGCUGUCCGAACUGCUCAGGCAACGCGAGAGGAAGGAGACGGGCAGAUGCCCAAACCAGCAGGGGGAGCCGGGGAGGGAUGACCUCGCCACUGAGUCUGUACAGGAAAGGAGAAAGAUGGAGGCUUGUGUGUUCACCUUGGAAACCAAGUUGUCAGAGGCCCAGGAGGUGAAUAGUCUUCUGGAGCAGGAGAAGGCCCAGCUGACCCAGGAACUCUCCUCUGUCAGGGAGCAGCUCUAUGGUGGCAGGGACUUGAGUGUGGACCUAGCUGGUGCCGUGUCCAGGGCGGAAAAGCUUCAGAAGGAGAAUGAGACUCUAAGUGGGGAACUGAGUCACUGUGUAGACAAGGUGGCAAAGCUUGGAACUGUGGAGUGUCAGCUCUCUCACCUCCUGGAGGAGAGGCAGAGCCUGGAGAAGCAGAGUCAGGCUCUCCGUGCCCAGCUCUCUACUGCACAAGAGAAGGUCCAGGCUAAGGAGGAGGCCCUGCAGACUGCCAGCAUGCAGAAUGCACGUCUGAAAUCAGACCUCCGAGUCACCCAGCAGGAGAAGGAGGCUCUCAAACAGGAAGUGAUGUCACUGCACAAGCAGCUACAGAAUGCUAAUGAUAAGAACCAGGUUCUGGAGAUGACCUUGCACACUAGCGGUUACCAGACCCAGCACAAGAAACUGUACUGGGAUGAGCUGGCCCGACUGGUAGAACAGGACCAGCAGUUACUGCGGCAAGAGAACGAAAGGCUGCAGAGAGAAGUCCAGAACACCAAGGGGGACCUCGUCCAUGCCCGGGACAAGACCCGGCAGCUGGAGGCCUUAGUGGUGUCUGUGAAGCAGCAGAAGCAGCAGGGCCAGUCCAGCCUGGUCAAGGCUGUGGAGCAGGAGAAGGCCUGUCUGAAGCGUGAGCUGGACUCACUGCGCAAGGAGCUGGUCAGCGCUAACCGGAAGGUGAGCGAGGUUCAGAGAGAGCUGGACAGCCUGCGGCAGGAGAACGACGGGCUGAAGAGCCGGCAGAGCCGCCUGGAGGCGCAGCUGCUGGAGCUCCGGUUGCCAGGGGAACGGCGAGGGCAGCAUCGGGGGGACGGCCUAGAGAUCAACCUGCAGGAGGAGCAGGAGGUGAAGCUUCUGAAGAUGGAGGAGCGCAUGCAGGAGGUGGAGCUGAAGCUGAGGAACGUUAAGAUGCUGCUGCAGGAGAAGGUGUCCCAGCUGAAGGAUCAGCUGCACAAGAACACCAAGGCGGACAUGGUGAUCAAGGACCUGUACGUGGAGAACGCCCAGCUCCUCAAGGCCCUGGAGAAGACCGAGCAGCGGCAGAAGGUGGCCGAGAAGAAGAACUACCUCCUGGAGGAGAAGAUCUCCAGCCUCAACAAGAUCGUCCGGGACCUGAGCCCCUCUCCGCUCACCGCCAUGCCGUACCACUUCACCCGCUCCUGAUGAUGAUCCAGGCCGCCAGGCCAGAUACGAGCCCCUGAACCCGCACUGGCCCCAGCGCACACCUACUAACA